AUGGCUCCUGGGCAGAAGAUGUACCCGAGGGCGACGGUGAAGAAGAUUGUGAAAGCGCAUUCUAACUGCAACGUUAGCAAGAACGUCGAUGUUAUGAUAUUCCUCGACUAUGUACUCUUCAUGCAAACACUUAUGAAGGAGGCGGCUAUUGACGGGAAACAAGCUGGCGAAAGGGGGAUAAGUGCUAGGAGCGUGAAGAAAGCUACUGCGGAUACCCUGGCCAAAUUUAAAGGAUGA